GAAUUUCGAAGAGUAGUGACUCAGUCCAACCUCAACGAAAGAUCGCAACCUCACACCCUACGUGUUUCCACAUCUCCAGUCCAUGUGUUCUUCGACAAUAUUCUGCUGACGCAUGUAGUUGAGGACGCGAGAUUCUGAUCCUCGCCUGGUCUGCCCUUCCGACCUAUCUCCCUCUGCGUCCAGCCAUCAUGGAGCAGAUCCUCCCCUCUCUCGAUGAGGUGACUUCAAUCCUCGCCAAAUCCAAAUCCUCCCAGUACCCUCCAAAUCUUGUGCCGCUGGCUGCUCAAAUCUCUGCCGACCUCUUUACUCCGACCCAAGCCUACCUGAAAAUCUCACAGAAUUCAAAACUAUCCUUUUUAUACGAAAGCGCAGCCACCACGGGCACAAUUGGUCGAUAUAGCUUCGUCGGAGCAAACCCACUCAAGGUAAUCAAGUCAGGUCCUGGCCAUGGUCCGGAGCAAGAUCCCUUACCUGAACUCGAGCGAGAGCUUUCCCAGUACCGAGUUGCCACCGUCCCAUCACUUCGGCUGCCAUCUAUGACUGGAGGCGUCAUUGGAUAUGUUGGCUACGAUUGUGUUCGGUAUUUCGAACCCAAGACGGCUCGACCGAUGAAGGAUGUACUGAAAUUGCCAGAGAGUUUCUUCAUGCUCUAUGACACUAUCGUGGCAUUUGAUCAUUUCUUCAAUGUCUGCAAAGUCAUCACUUAUGUGAGGGUUCCUACGGUCGACACUCCAGCUGCAAUCUCAGAUGCAUACGCUGAAGCAUCCAACACCAUCCGGAGGACUCUUGCUGUUCUUCAAGAAGAGCACAUUCCAUUGCCUUAUCAACCCCCGAUUGUGCAGGGGCAGCCCUCUAAAUCCAACUUUGGCAAAGUCGGCUACGAAGCCCAUGUGACUCGAUUAAAGAAACACGUCAACGUCGGGGACAUCAUCCAAGCUGUCCCAUCACAUCGUAUCUCACGACCGACCUCCCUCCAUCCAUUCAACAUUUAUCGCCAUCUGCGCACAGUCAAUCCCUCACCAUAUCUCUUUUACAUUGACUGUGAGGAUUUCAGUAUUGUAGGCGCCUCUCCAGAGUUGCUGGUAAAGGAGGAAGCUGGACGAAUAAUCACACAUCCAAUCGCCGGCACAGUGAAACGAGGGCGUGACCCUGAGGAGGACGAUGCGCUCGCCGACGAGCUCCGAAACAGUCUCAAAGACAGAGCUGAGCACGUCAUGUUGGUUGACUUGGCCAGAAACGACAUCAACCGGGUUUGCGAUCCAUUGUCUACUCGGGUCGACAGACUGAUGGUGGUCGAAAGGUUCAGCCACGUCCAACACCUCGUCAGUCAGGUUUCGGGGAUUUUGAGAGAUGGUGAAAAUAGAUUCACCGCAUUUCGCAGCAUCUUUCCCGCGGGGACCGUGUCUGGUGCCCCCAAGGUGAAGGCGAUGGAGCUCAUCGCCGAGCUUGAACAAGAGAAACGCGGUGUUUACGCCGGCGCCGUGGGCUACUUUGGGUUCUCCAGGGUCUCAUCUGACGGGUCGAGGAUCGAGGACGAAGGUGCUAUGGACACCUGUAUUGCUCUACGGACCAUGGUGGUCAAGGAUGGCGUUGCUUAUCUACAGGCUGGUGGGGGUAUCGUGUUUGACAGUGUAGAGGAGGACGAAUGGAUCGAGACCAUGAACAAACUGGGCGCAAACAUUAGGACAAUCGAGGAGGCGGAGAAGAAAUAUCUGGCGCUAGAAAAAGCGACAAAUGGCUAUGUAAAUGGUGUGCCUCGAUAGCAACAUAUAAGCUACAAUUGACUUGUAUCUUUCUUUCG